GAUACAAUGGCACCACGACUGAACAGAUAUGUCUAUGUCCUUGUGUUUUUGGUUGCACUUUGUGCUUGUGCACCCACCUUGGAAGCUGAGUUAGACUAUGGAACUUUUGCAGGAUCAUACUCUGCAAGAUAUAACCUGAGCUAUUGGCAGAAGAUACCAUUUGCUGCCCCUCCCGUUGGACAGAAUCGUUUCAGAAGACCGCAACCACCAGUUGCCGUUACCAAUGGCACGUACAAUUCAACACAGUCCUUCGAUAUGUGCCCUCAACGAACAGUCAAUGGAUCUGAAGAUUGCUUAUAUCUUGGACUGUACUCGAGACCUUGGACACAUGGACAGCCACUUCGCCCAGUUGUUGUGGUCUUUUAUGGUGGCGGUUUCAUCCAAGGCAGUGCUUACUUCUCUGUUCCCCCGUCAGGCUACCCGGUGCUUAACGUUUCUAGCUCUAACGACCUCAUCUUCGUCUACCCCAACUACAGAGUCAAUGCUUUUGGUCUUCUCCCUGGCAGAGAGAUUGCCGCGGAUCCACUAUCUGAUCUCAAUCCAGGACUCUUGGACCAGCAUGCUGCUCUAGAAUGGACCCACAAGUAUAUCUCAGCCUUCGGAGGCGACCCCAAGAACGUAACCAUCUGGGGUCAAUCGGCUGGCGGUGGUAGUGUGGUAGCCCAGGUCAUAGCGCAGAAGGGAAGGACCAGCCCACCUCUGUUUUCGAAAGCGUUGGCAUCAUCGCCUUUCUGGCCGAAGACCUACAAGUACGAUGCACCUCAGGCCCAGGCUCUCUAUGACUCUCUUGCCAAUCUAACUGGCUGCUCUGGACCUGGUUCACUGCAGUGCCUGAAAACAGUAGACGUGCAGACCAUCCGAGAAGCUUCACUGGCCAUAUCCGGAUACCAUACCUACAAUACUUCCUCUUAUACAUGGUCGCCUGUGAUUGAUCGAACAUUCUUAAAUCAACCACUCUCUUCUGCGACAGCAAACCGUCAUGUAAAUAUUGACUAUGGGUUUGGCAUGUACAAUCUGCAUGAAGGCGAGAACUUCAUACCUCCAGGCCUUCAACACGCAGUGGACUCUGGCUCACCACCGUUCAAUUCAUCUGUUCAAUCUCUCACCGCGUGGUUGAAGGGCUAUUUACCGGGUCUAUCUGAUCGUGAUAGAUCAAGAGUACUCUCUCUGUAUCCUGCACAGGGCUCGGCUGAAGGAUUGCCUACCUACAAUUCUACCUAUGUUCGGGCAGGGCUCAUCUUCCGAGACACAGUUCUGGCUUGCCCUGCAUAUUGGAUGGCAGGUGCGGCCCAAAAGAAGUCAUACCUUGGAGAGUACACUAUUUUACCAGCAAAACAUGCUUCUGAUACGAUUUACACUGAUUCUGUUACAUAUCGAGGUUAUACUGGAGCGUUCGCUUCGUUUUUUGAAACGGGUGAUCCAAACGCUCACAAGUUGACAAACAAGAGUGUAGAUGGUGUGCCAGAGCUGCAGUCAGAACAGCAGUUUUUGGUCUCGCAGGAUGGAUUNUUUGACGUCUCAAUUGAACAACUGAUCUCACGGUGUGAUCAUUGGAGGAGCGUGGCACAUAAAAUUCCCAUAUGA